AUGACGACGCCACUCCCGUACAAGCACGGGUCGCCUUUCCUUCACAGAGUUUGGAGAAGCGCCGUGGAUAUGCUGGCCGCUGCACAAAAGUCUACUCCAGAUGACGACAGGCCUCGUGCGGCUAAGCGCCGCCGUAUCACUGAAGAUUCAACAGAUCCUGGCAUCUUUGCCUCGGUCGGCCCUCUAUUCAGUGAUCCAUCUCAAGGAUAUUCUAGAACACUUCGCUUCCAGGUUUUGAAAGUAGGCCAUGUCAGCGAUCCAGAUCCGGGCGUCAAUGGACUACUACACGGCAACGGCUCGCCAGUAAAGAAGAAUGCAUCCAUCAGAGUCGUACAAGCGCGUUGCAGACUCACCAUCUCCAGUGGCACUUCAUCAGCCCCCUCACGACCAAUCUAUUGCGACAGCCAACCAUGCGAGAUCCGGGUUUCUUGCGAUCGUGAUGGGUUUUCGAGCCAUGGCAGAGUACAUCUACAGCAGCCCUUUGUUGUGGGUGCCGAAAAGCUCUAUGUCAUGCGCGACGAUUCCCCACACUUCAUGCUUGCAGACUCAUAUCUGAUUACCACUGAGCUGGAGUCUGUUGGCGACCCAAAUUGGCCCCCUUUCGAUCUGUUGCCCAAGUCGUCUUGGCCACGCUCACAGCAAUGGGCCUUAUCAUCUACGCAUUCGUACGCUUACUCCAAGCCGCGUUUGAGCACGCCUGUGGUGCUGAGAAAGACCCAUGGGGUUGAAGAGAUCCGGACUGAUCUGGUAAUGGAAACGGAUCUGCGAUGGUCCGCAAUGAACAGUGAGCAACCUAGCCCACAGAUAGGAGAUAUAUUAGCACCUCUAAAGACAGAGCAUGUCAAUGGGCGGACUGACAACUCGGUCAACAAAAAUGACCAUGACGACGACGACGACGCUGCUGCGGAUGACGAAGAUGGCGAUGAAGAAGCCAUCACUCCUAGCAGAUCCCUGAGAAUGAGAGACAAGCAGCAAGUUUACAACUUGAAGCUACUGAGCGACAAGGCCCGUGGCAGGGAAAUGAAGGAGCGCAAGAAACGGAAGGAUGCCAAGGUUAAGGGGAUGAAUGAUGCCAAGCCAGGAAUUUCAGGCCGUGUCACAUGGACAUUGCCUGAUGGGAAACGUGCAAUGCUCGAUCACUGGCACUGCAUCUAUUGCUAUGUGCCUCACGACAAUAUCGAUCAGCUCCAAAGGCACAUGGUUCAACACUCGGAAUGGAAAAUUGCAACCGACUUUUCUCAAAAAGACGGGUGGCAUAUCGUUAUUUCUGAAGGCGAGCAGUUGACUCCACGGGCAGCCCGAAGAGCAGCUGCGCAAGCCCGCAAGCUUGAAUCGCCGACAAAUAUCUCUCCGCCAGUGUCCUUGAGAAGUCGUCGGUCAGCACCGUCGCAUAGCACAGAAGCCAUAACAUCGGCAAAACAACAACUAGUUCCCAACACAAUACAGCCAAUGUACGACCGUCUCAGCAAGGCCGUCCUAGAGCCCCUCUCAAAGGUCGAUGAACCUCCUAUCGACAACGCGUGGCUUCUACAGAAACACAGAGACACAAUCAUGGAAUACACUGAUGUGGACCCCGACGAAAAGGAGUACAUCGUAGAGUGGGAUGCUUUUCUUUUCACGCGCAAAGGAACCGUCGUACCGUACUUGAAAAACAUUUAUCUGGAAUUCAUCCAAGAGAAGGCUUCCUGGUUGCUAGCAUCGCAAGCUCGCAUGCAUGAAGCAUUGAAGCAUUUGGCUUACCUGAACGGACGCGAUCUGCUGGACAAGAGUACGGCCAGUGAGGCUGUGGAAAUUCUGAGGUCCACCAAACCAGAAGUGCAGGACAAAUUGCCGCCAGCUCAAAUCCCACGGACGGCAUUACCGGCAUAUUCUAGUAAGGCAGGUUGCGGUAUUUGCGGCCAAAUAGUCCCAGCGACAUCGAAUCAGCUGAUAUGCGCAAAUCUGGAUUGCGAAACUCCCUUUUACCAUGAUCAUUGCAUGGACUAUCAUGCCAAGCAAGAAGUAUCUGACCCAAAUUGGCAUUGCAACAAGUGCUGUUGA